AGUUCACACUUCGUGUUAAUACUUUAUAGAUUUUAGGAUGUUAGUGAGAUAAUAAACUUAAUAAAUUUACUGGUACAUUUUUAAAGGACACUAAUCUGUUGAUUUAUCUUGUGGAUUUAUAUCAUACUAUGCACUCCGUAGAAAAUUAAUACGAAAAUCAUUUUGAAAUUAGUCAAUAAACACUUUCAUAACAAUCCGACAGUCGUUCCAUGUCUUAUUUAUAAAUGUUAUCUGGAUAACUUCAGACUUUAAUAUAGAACCCAUCAAUCAAGUUGUAGCAACAAAACAAUACAUCGCGUACUCAGUGACAACGAGAUGACUUUAACAAUUAUUCAGUAAAUUAACUUGAAAAAUGGACUACAACCUAUUUCUUUUGUUUUUCGUCAUUUUGCAAAGUAUAUUUCAAACAAUUUCAAGUUUGAAUUCCAACGACCUAUGCUUAAACAAAACAUGCAGUGGUUGCAUUGCUGGAUCGCUAUCUUGUCAAGAAGGUGGACUUACACAUUUACCAGAUCGUCUUAGUUCCGACAUUCAGUCCAUGAUAAUGAUGGGUCAUAAGUUUAAUAAUCCAACUCUAACCAGCGAUAACUUUUCCAUAUAUAUUCAACAAAACGUUAAGCUACAACGUCUUACUCUGCGUAAUUGUGGUAUCCAGUCAAUUCAGCCACGUACAUUCCAAUCAUUGAAAGGUUUGCAACAAUUAGAUUUAUCUCAAAAUCGAAUCAAAACAAUCUUAGAAGGGACUUUCGAAGGAUUGCACUUGGAUUUUUUACGUCUAGAUGAAAAUUUUGGUUUAAGUAUUGAAGACGGUGCUUUUCAAGAUACUUCUAUUGUGUCGUUAUCUAUGAAUCAAUGUGGUCUUAAAAUAUUGAGUUACAAUGUUCUUUUGCCAUUGAUAAAUAGUAAACAACUCAAAAAUUUACAUUUAUCUGGAAAUCAGUUAAUAACUCUAGAAAGUCGUCUAGAACCUAUUUUCCUUCAUUUGCAAAGUUUGUCACUGGAACAAAAUCCUUUUUAUUGUGAUUGCAAAUUAAGUUGGCUUGUGUCUGUAUUGAACAGACGACAAGUACAACGGCGUACACGAGGUCUGUCAAUGUUUAAUGGAGAUAUCGAUGAUGUUGAAACAAAUUUAUUACAUAAGUCAAAUAGUUUAAUGGAAAUGAAUCAACAUAACACACCACUAGAUGGGGAUUUAUUAAAACCAUUAUGUCAUAAUCCAAGACGACUAAUCGGACGAAGUAUUGAAUCACUAACUGCAUCAGAUUUUUACUGUGGUACACCAAAACUUCAAGUUAUUGAAGUUGACUUAGGUCAAUUAACAACUUUUUAUCACAAUCAAAAUAACAACAAAAAGUUAACAUCAGGAAAGUUCGAACAAGAAAGUGAUAAUUCUUUAAUUAUAACUGUCAGAUGUCAUGUUAAAGGUUCACCAGAACUUCAGUUGGACUGGUAUCGUCCAAUUAAUCAUGAUAACAAUAGUAAUCGUGACCAAAUAACAAAUACUCAGUCAUACUCAUUUACACGAACUCAACAUCAUCCAAAUCAACAACAACUUAUUCGUAUUCCAAAUUCAAAAAUACUCAGGUCUGGUGGAAUCGAAUUAAAAUUGAGUCGAAAAAUAAACUUAAAAGACGAUAAUUCAUUGAAGCAGUCGGAUAAUCAGUCUACAGUAUCAGCAACUGAAAAAUUGAUCUGUUUUGCCACUGAUUCUAAUGGAAAUACAAGUGCUGAAAUAGUUUUCCAUUGGCCAACUAUUGAAAGUUUACGAAUGAUAUCAGAUAAUUUUGAUAGUUUACAAACUAAAGUUCAAAAUCAUCCCAGAUUAUCUAGUGAUAUUAAUGAGAAUAUUAUAUACACAGACAAAACAAGAAUAACCAAUGAUCGUUCUACAGGUAACUAUGAAAUUACACCUGGUUGGUAUACAGUUUUACAAGAUGAUCCAGAAAAUAUGUUGUUUCAGAAACAAUUCUCUGUACUUGAAAUGAUUGGUGCAGUUGUUGGAACAUUUACUGUAACAUUAGCACUUUUUAUAUUUGGAUGUUGUUUGUUACGAAUUCAUAAACGUAGUCGGUAUAAAGUUCGUUCAAAAAUUUUAUUACAUCAUACUACUUCAGAAAAUUCUUAUCGAAAUUUUUCACCAGCAUCAGAAAAUUUAAAAUCACCUCCACAUUCAUCUACUAGUAACCAUUUAUUGAGCAAUUCAUCCAAUAAUAAUAACGAUAGUGGUAUUAAUCCCAGUAAUAAUAAUAAUAAUGUGUCAUAUUCUCUCAAUCCUGUACCAAAUACACUAGUAAAUUCCUAUACAGCAAACAAUUUUAUUACUGGGAAUGGAACACUUGUAAAUGAAUUUAAUGGAAUGAAACAUUUACCAUAUAUGACACCAACAUAUGAACCAAUUAAUAGUACCGGUGAUUUUCAAACAUCUACAGGAUAUUCAGAUUCACAAACUUAUGAUUUACCACGAAUUCUUCCAACACACUCACCACCAACUAUUCCUUUACCGCCAUUACCAAAUGGAUUUAUAAACAAUGCCAGUAAUGCUAACGUAAUUACCCGGUUAAAUGAAAUGGAACACAACAAUACGAAUACUAUCAAUACAGACAACAACAUUAAUAAUAAUAGUAGUAAUAAUAAUCAUUUACCACUUCUGAUGACAACCUUACCCUACAUAAAGACAACACAGUCAAUAAAUAAUGAUAUAAAUCGAUGUGUAGAUACUUCUAUAUUAUCCCCAUUCCUUAUGAAUGAUACACAAACUUUAUCAGCAGCUAUGUCAAAUGCUGCAGCUGCGGCAACAUUAAAUUUACACAUGAAACACCAACAGCAACAACAUUUCAAUUCAAAUCAUAAUCGUAACUCAAUCCCCCAGCAUAAUCAACAUUUUACACAAAAUAACGUUCAUGAUAAUAUUAUAGUACAAAAUCAAUUAAUCGAUUUAAUUACUCGUCAAAAUCUUUUCAAUCAACAACUACAUGAUAUACAACAUUAACUAAUAAAGAUUUGAUAUGUUAAAUUUAUGAACACUUUAUUGUAUAUAUAUAUUAACAGGACAGCAUACAUAUCUAUUUAUUUAUUGCAUAUAAUAUUAGCAAAACUGAUCAACAGAUAUGAUUUCAGGUGUUAACAACUUUAUAAAUAUACAUUCAUACUUGCCUCAAAAAUAGUACUUGUAUCAAACCAAUUUAAACAAUCUGUACUAGUUAUCCUUUUCUUUUACUCAAGAUUAUUUCUGUUAAUGUUUACAAUAACUAUGAUUAGAAUCAUUCACAGUACAUGGAUUUAUAUGGAACUUAAUUCUUGUACUUUUGAAAAAAAUUGUUAAUAUAGUAUUUUCUUUAUAUAGUUUAGUGAAACGAUAUGCAUGUAUCAUAUUAACUAGUUGAGGCCUAGUGACAUUGUUUGACCACACCCUAUGUAAACUACAGUUAUGACCAGAUCAUGUUUUCUUAAUUGAUAACAGAACGAUAUGAAAGAUAAAUAAGAUUGUAAACAAAAGCCGGAAGCCAUAUGACUUAAUUUCAUCAGUUAUCUAGAUCCGAUUCGAAACAAACAACAAAGUAAAAUGUAUAACUCUUUUAUAUAUGUGUGCUUAUUCUAAUGCCAUGUUAGGAAAUUAAAAUCUGAAUAUAUAGUAUGGUAAACAAACUGUUUGUUAUAAUCCACCAAAUUUUCAUAAUUUCUGAUUUGAAAAAGUUUAUCAGGUUACACAACACUCUCAUUCAGUUAUUUUAACCAAUUUUAAUUAUCAUAACCCUAUCGGUUUUCUUUGAUUUUUAACUGAUUUAAUUGAAAGUUUGACUAUACAUCUCAUUAGUCAAAUACUGUAAUAUCAGCCUACUUACAAAGAAAAGUAUGGUAAUUAAGUUUGUAUCGCAUUUUCAAUCUUUCAAUCCUGUUUUUUGGAUACAGUUUAUUCUCAGACUAAUUUGUAAAUAGACGCAGACAUUUGAAAUUAUUUAAAGUUCACUUAUUUUUCCCUAUAUACCACAGUUUCACUUUGUUUUGCAUCUCUAUUCCUUUUUUGCCUUCUCAAACGGGAUGAUUGAAUGUUAUUUAAUUACAAAAAUAUAUUUGAAAAUUAUAAAUAUGAUUUGUUUUCUCUUUACUAACUUACAAGUUGGUAAUUAUCUUAAAUUUUAUUUUCACUUCAGAAUGGAUUAAAAUAAAUCUCAUAGUAUUGGUAAUAAAUAAAAAU